UCCCGUUAUUUCCAGUUGAAAAAGUAAAUGAGUUCCUACUCGAUGUCCCGUUUUUAUCUGAUAUAACCAUCUCACAUCCCAUUAAUUUUUCUUUAGAUAUCCCGAAAACACCUAAUAGGGCCUCGACAUGGGGUGAGAGAUUAAUGGAUGUCCGCUGACCAGCUGUGACGUCAUACAAUCGUGAUUAAUAUUAGUCGCUACAAAUGCUGUGAUCACGACUUAAUUUUCUCCUCACAAAGGGAAUCCUCUAGGUUCUAAUUACAUUAAGAGACAGAUCUCGAGAAUUCUAACUCAACGUGGAGUCAGGGAAUUCGCAAAUACACAGGGAGAAUUUGCCUCGCUACCUCGAGAUUAAAUUCCUUACAACUCGACGAUUCCAGUAUCAAAUGAUAUAUACUGUGCAUGUUAAGAUUUUAGCGUCAAACCUCCUUAAUUUGGCGAGCGACAAUACAGAGUUACGUACUUGAAGCUUUUCUUGCUGUGAGGCAAUGUUGGUUCCUGACAAACAAGGGCGAAUAUACUUACAAUAUACUGUAGAAAUCUUGGAGUUGUAAAAAUAAACUUAUCUGAUGAAAAAUUUUCUAGCCAAAUCAGAAGCCAAUGAGAUGAGAUUGUGUUUGUUGUCACGUAGUCAGUUUGUUGUUUUCUUCGGAAAAGCAGCGGUCCGUGGAUGAGAAAGUUAAAACAUCGAGUAAACAAUAACUUCACCAAUAGAUGUGUCAAGUGAAGUUUUCAAUCAAAUUGGCGAUAUUUAACGUAUGAGUGAUUUGUCGCGUCAAAGUGCGUCCAUGUGCGCCAAUCAGGUUGAAAGGACUUCAUUCAUUACGCCAGCAUCACGGAAAGUAUAACUUAUUCACCGCUUUCUCAUAUCACACUACGUCAGUGCCUUUGAAACAGAUCGAGCAGGACGAUUCGCGUGGAAAGACCCUUCAACUGUGGAAAUCAAACGCCAAAUCUAAUUAACGCUCGGAUCAUGAGGUCAGAAAGUGCCACAAAACUUAGCUGGCUGCUCUUUGUGAUUUUAUCCCAGGCAAUAACAGUUACCUGUCAAAAUGAAACUAUUCCGACAACAAGUUCUGAAGAUAUGAUUACGUCAUCUCAUCCCAAGACUAUGAAAGCCCUGACGUCGUCUGCUGCUGGGUCAACAGGGGAAAUACAGCCACCCACUACAGAAACGACGAAACACUUAGAUAUAGAAAAGACGACUACAACGACAAAACCUCUAACCACCCCUCAAUUGCCUGAAGAAAAAACCACAACAUCAUCAGAAAUGAACACUUCUGGCAAGAAAUCAGUCGCCAUGACAACGUCACACCCCACCCAUCAUCCUGUUCAUCCUAGCGAACCCACGCACCAUACUAAACCCGUCCACCCUGGCGAUGCCACUCAUCAUGGAGACAAAAACACCACAAACAAAACUCAAGAUGGUCAUGUGGUAAACCCCGGCUCGCAUAGCACUAUGGGAUAUCCCGAUGAACCACCCGCGGUAGAAGCUUCCACCGAUGAGAAAGAUGAUAACAGCUGGCAGAUUUCAAUUUAUGUGGUUUGCGCAUUGCUUAUUGGGAUGGUGUCGUUCGUGAUAGUUAUGGUUGUAAAAGGCAACCGUGAGUUGAAGAGAAGAGCAAGUCUCAGGAAGCGAAAACGUCCAGUUGCUCGAAAGGAUAACGCUUUUGUGCUCAAAAUGACCAAAACGGAGGAAGCAAAGACGACUCGUGGCGCAGAAAAGAAAAAGGAAGAAAAACGACUCAGCAUGCAUAGCCGAGCAGGCACUGAAGAAUCGAUUCCCCUUUUACAAUUGCACAUAGGAGAUGGUGAACAUCCUGUGCUUAGUAAAAAGAGCGAGGCACAGGAAACCCAGCCUGAUGAGCCAUCCACUUCUUACAAAGAUUCGAAGCCACUUAUUGAAGAAAACGCAAACAUUGUGGAUAGCCCUGGAACUUUUAUUUAAAAAGCGAAUUGAUAAAUAGGCCAUUUUACAGUUGUGUGCUUAGUUACCUGGCCUACAAAUGCAAGCGAGACUGGAGGUGACCCUACCUUGCUUUGAUACAGACCGCUCUUCUUUUCUCAUUUAAAUGCCAGCUAAUUAGCAUAACGACAACUUGAUCGAGGUGAGGUCUUUAUCAAAACAAGGUCACCUGCAGCCUCGUUGCCAUUCAAAGGCCAGGUCACUGAACAGACAACUGUAAAAUGGUCUAUUCUUAAACUCUUUUCUUGUAUCUACUGUUAAUGACAACUACUGAGCAUGCAGGUUUCCAUGGAGCAGUUGUGGUCUGUCUUUGUGAUUUGCAUAUACUUACGAGUUGCCAUGGCAGACCAUAACUUGACGAGCUAUUGUUUUUGAUCUCAGCUAUAUUUAGCAACAAAUUGAAUGGGUCUGAUUGGUCAUUUCUGCUCCUGCUUUUUCCUGAUUUUCGCUCUACUAGUCAAUUGUAAAAUUGUACAAUGUUCAACUAUCUGUUUUACCAGAGUUAAAGGAUGACUGCACUGAGAUGGUAAUGAAUAUUCGGUUUCAAUUGUUUGAUUCAAAAUUAUGUUAAAUUUUGUCUUGUGAACUGUUGGGAAAUAUUUGUAAUAAGUAGCGCAACCCCUUCCAGGCGUUCAGUUAGUUGGGGCGCAGUGUAAAAAACGGCUAGCGAAAAAAUAAAGGAGAAGCGCCGCAGUUCUCUCCUUUUUUUUUGCUCGCCGUUUUUCGCGCUGCGCCCCAACUAACUGAACGUCUUGAAGGCGCUAUAUGUAGUGAUGAUGAUGUUGUUGUAACUUAUUGUGUUUAAUUAUCGAGUUUCCUAGAACAUACUUAUUAUUAUUUUUUUCUUUUUAAUUUUUUAUCUGGUUUUAACUUAAAACGUAAUCUACAUACACUCCGUUGAAUCUGAUUUGUCCAAAAGUCGCGCGUAUCGCGAAAUAUGAAUUUGUCUAAAUUCGACUGAAUUAAAUUUUGUAUGAAUUCCAGGGCAGAGAACGCUUACACGGAAAAACCUUAAUGGACCAACUGUUUUCUUUUCCACUAAUAAAUUUAGUCUUAGAAUUAA